UAUCGACUAAGUCUCAGCGCUAUUAGCAAGUACCAUGUGCUCGCGUUUAUUUUAUUAAGUAGCGGCUUGCAUUUCCUUAAAAUUAAAUAAAAUGGGCACUAAAAAAGUGAAAAUCAGUUCGGUGAAGCGUGCCGCUCAUUUGAAAUCAAAAAAGGCACCGCUGAGCAAACAGCAACAACAAAAAAUUAAACAGAAGCGCGAGCAACUGACUUCAAAACGAGAACAUGGGCAAAAUAUUUUUUUACAGAAAGCCCACAAACGUGACAAUCUAGCACAGCGCAAGAAGCACAAUAAACAGCAAUCACUGGGACUGCACAAAGAACUCAAUGCAGAUGAUGAUGAUGAUGAUGAUGACGUUGGCGGCGAUCACCUGCUGGACAACGUUGCAGACAUGUUGGACGGCGAUGAUCUUGCACUACUGCAGGCCAAAAAACGGAAACGAAAGGCAAAGGCGGCUCCUGUGGAGGAUCAGCAGCAGUCAGUGGGUCUGGAAAUGGCCUACACCACGGCUAGCAAAAAGGAACAAGCGGCACAAAAGAUAAAAGUUAAUUUGUUGCCCAUUAAAUCUCGCGACGGCGAAAUUAUAACGCGUACCACAGAGGUUGACUAUGUGCCGAAACCCAAACGGAAGGCAGUGGCCGAAGAGGAGCAGGAGGUAGAUGCUGAACAGGAUGAGAAUGAGGAAGACAGCGAAGAGAUAUUCGAGGACAGCGACGAUGAUAUAGUUAACGAUGAGGCACCCGUACCCAAGCAAAAGCUCGUGUCCACCACAGAUUUGUUAAUUGCUCGACAGCAGGAGAUCGAACGUCAGAAGUAUCGCAUAGGCAUAAUCUGCUCUGGAAUCCUAGAGAAGCCAGAGGAUAAAAUGCGCAAUUUUAGUGCGCUCUACGAGCUGAUGAAUGAUGUGAACCCUGAAACUGGCAUUCCCAAUCUUUUCGCCGUGCGCAAACUGGCGAUGAUCUCAAUUACUGAGAUAUUCAAAGAUAUUCUCCCCGAAUAUCGAGUGGGCCAGAUAGACACCAAGAUGCAAACGGUACGCAAAGCCACGCUAGAACGUGUUACCUUUGAAAAUGCGCUGCUGCAGCAAUUCAAGAAGUUCCUGCAGAAACUGGAGCACCUAACGGCUCAGGUCAAUAAGCGGGGUGGCCACAAGACGCCACAAGCCAUCAAAAUUGCCGCGGUGGCCGUGCAGUGCAUGUGUGACCUGCUGAUUGCCCAUCCGUACUUCAACUACGUGCAAAACAUUGCCCAGCUCCUGGUCUAUAUGCUCAACUGUAACUAUGGAACAAUGCGCGUUGCCGUCAAUCAAUGCUUUCGCACGUUGUUCAGCAACGACAAGAAACUGGAUAUGACGCUCUUUGUUGUACGUCGCAUCAAUCAUUUGAUCAAGUCCAAGCAGAACAAUGUGCAUGUCGAGUGCAUUACAUGCAUGAUGGGCCUGAAGAUCAAGCAUGUCAAUCUCGAUGCAGAAAAGGAAAAUGAACUGAAGCAAAAGAAACUGGAGUCCCAUCGUCAGCGGUUGCUCAGUUUGUCAAAGAAGGAGCGAAAGCGUCGUAAGAAGCUCACCGAGGUCAACAAGGAGCUGGAGGAGACGCGCGCCGAGGAAAAUAAACAGACAAAGCACUACAAAUUGACGGAGAUUAUCAAAAUGGUGUUCACCAUAUAUUUCCGGGUUCUUAAGAACGAUCCCACGUCGCGUGUGCUCAGUGCAAUUCUAGAGGGCCUGGCAGAAUUCGCUCAUGUCAUAAACCUGGAGUUCUUUGCCGAUCUCAUAGAUGUGCUCAACCGCAUACUUGAGGAGCAGGACUUGGGUUACCGCGAGCAGCUGCAUUGCAUCCAAACCAUCUUCGUUAUACUGUCCGGUCAAGGUGAAGUCCUGAACAUAGAUCCCAUACGCUUCUACCAGCACUUCUAUCGCAACAUGCUGGUCGUGCAUGCGGGCAAAAAUCAUGAAGAUUUCGCCAUUAUCCUUCGCACGCUGGACGAGGUGCUCGUUAAGCGGCGGCGCAACAUGAGCCAGCAGCGUCUGAUGGCCUUUGUCAAGCGACUGCUCACGGGCAGUCUGCAUCUGUUGCACAACGGAACUUUGGCUACUCUGGGUACCAUUAAGCAGACAUUCCAGCUGACCUCGGUACUGGAUGCUCUGCUCGACACAGAUACCACAAUUGGCUCGGGUCGUUAUGAUCCCGAAUUGGAUGAUCCUGAGUACUGCAAUGCAGCGAGUACCUGUCUCUACGAGCUCACGCUACUCGCCCGGCAUUAUCAUCCCACAGUGAGACGCAUGGCUGCGCAUAUAGCCAACGGUGUGCCAGCAUCUGGCGAGGGUGCGCUGCCCACAGACAUUGGAAAACUCAAUGCCCAUGAACUCUUUGCUCAAUUCGACAGCACACAAAUGGCUUUCAAUCCCACUAUUCCGCUGCCAAAGCAGGGCGAGCCCAAGCUGAAGCGAGGCAGGCAUAUGUAUUUACGUUCAGAUUUCAGGCAACAUUAUGGAAAAAUACUUAAGGAUGCGAGGACGAAACGAACAAAGUCAAAUGAGGUGCUGCAAAUGGAUUUCCUCAGUGAACUCUCUAAGCAUUGAGCAACAAG